AAAAUAAGAACGCUGUUAUAAAAUAAAUAUGAGAUCAGCAGCUGGUUUCUUCAUAAAGAUAUUCUAUUUUAUUGUAUCAUACGUGUCUAUGAUUGCGUUGUAUAUGCAUUAUAUAUAUAUAUAUAUAUAAUAAUUGCAAUAUCACCUGCCUUUUUUUAUAUAUAUUUUUCCUUUUUUUGUUUACUCAACAAAUUCUUUUCUACUUUACUUUCUUGGUUCAACACCCAGAAAAAAAAAACUAAAAAUGUCCAACACAACGGAAGUUCACUUUGAGACCACCCCUCGAGUAUAUUAUGAACAUUAUAUGACACCCAGUUAUGACCUCUACCCAAGUCUCUCUCGACAAGUAGGAAACGGAUAUAUUCACCGUCCUACACGACCACAAAAGCAGCAACAGACGAAUUUUAUGUCAAUGAAUGUUGUGUCGAGACGUACCAAUAGGAUGGAUGAUCCCCUAUGGCAACCACAACCUCAACCUUUACAACAGGAAACACCAUCCUGGGAUCUUUACCCUUCUGUGCUGCGUCAUGUUGAAAAUUUUGGUACGGAUCAAAUGAGACAGAGACUUCGCACGAUGGAGUCUACAAUAUCAUUAUUAUAAUUAAUCCAUACCCCUCCAUUUCUUUUGAAAA